AUGACAGCAUCGACGUACUUUGGAUUAUACGUUACAGUAAAAAACACUUUGGAGCUGAUUCAAUAUUUGUCGGAAAAAUUGAAUUAUAAAUACUUAAUGACAAGACAAUUAAACCAAGAUGCUCUGGAACAUUUUUUUGGACACAUGAGAGGAGCCAGUGGAUCCAACUCUCAUCCAGAUUCAUUGUUGUUUGUUCAAGUUUAUAGGCUUCUAUCUGUGUACUCAUUGGUUAAACCAAUACGUGGAAGUAAUGUUACAGGAAGUGAAUUACUAUCAACCAUAAUUUCCUUAAAAGAUUUGGUUGGUAAGGAACAUAAGGAACGCAAAGAACAUUUUGAGAACAUUAUUGAUAAUAUUAUAAACAAUGCUUCUCCACUCAUGGAUAUUGAAAUUGAAGAUAAUACUUUUAAAGAAAUGAUUGAUGAAUAUGCUUUAACAGUAUUUGCUGGAUACACAGCAAGAAAAAUAAGAAAAUCCAAACUAGCAAAGAACUGUCAUGAAUGUUUUGAAUCUUUAUGUGACUCUAAAAAUGAGAGUACAUUAGAAAGAAAUAGUUUCCUACUUUCCUUGAACAGAAAAGUCAUGGAGGACUUUUAA